AUGUCUCGCUCGCUCGGCGGCUAUGCCAACCUGUCCACCCGCGAACCGCUCCGCGACUCGCUCGAGCUGGCCUCCCUUGCCUCUUCGUCGCAACCUUCGCGCCGGAGCUCUCUGUCCUCCGAUUCGGGCGCCGCCUCCUCGCGUCGCCUGUCGCUUGACGAAGAGGACCCUCUGAACGAGCAGAACCCCGCCAGUCUGGGCCGCCAUGGCCGCUCCUACUCGGUCUCGUCCGCCUUUGACUUCGCUACCAACCUCUUCCCUCUGUCCACCACCGCCGGCGGCUACACGGCCCUGGGAGCGCCUUCGGCCACCGACUUCGAAUCCGCAAACGGCGCCCACGGCGGCUCGCUCGAGAAGCACAAGUCGCUCACUUACCUGAAUGGCCUGUCGCUGGUCAUUGGCCUGAUCAUCGGCUCAGGCAUCUUCUCCUCGCCGAGCCAGGUCAAUGCGAAUGCCGGGUCGCCGGGAGCCGCGCUCAUAGUCUGGGUGGUUGCGGGCGUGCUGGCUUGGACCGGCGCCGCGAGUUAUGCAGAGCUGGGAGGCGCCAUACCGCUGAACGGCGGUGCCCAGGUCUACUUGUCCAAGAUCUUUGGAGAAUGGGCCGGCUUCCUGUUCACGUGGUGCGCUGUCAUGGUCCUGAAGCCCGGGUCGGCCGCCAUCAUCGCCAUCAUUUUCGGCGAAUACUGCGUGCGCGCCGUCAUUGGCCCGGACGCCAUGGAGAUCAGCUUCUGGCUCAACAAGGGCGUUGCGCUAGGCGGCUUGAUCCUCGUGACCUUCCUCAAUUGCGUUUCCACCAAGCUCGGCACCCGGAGCGCCGACUUCUUCAUGUUUCUCAAGUUUGUUGCGUUAACUGGCGUCACAAUUACUGGCAUUGUCGUCGCGGCCACGGGCUGGUCGUGGAAGGGAGACGCAAGCACCGAGUGGAAGACCAAGAGCUGGUUUGAAGGAACCAACGAAAACAUCUCCAACCUGGCCGUUGCUUUGUACGCCGGACUAUGGGCCUUUGAUGGCUGGGAUAAUGUUAAUUACGUGACGGGCGAAUUCGUGAACCCCACGCGCGACCUUCCGCGGGUCAUCCACAGCUCUUUGCCUCUUGUCAUUCUCAGCUACCUCCUGGCGAACGUCGCAUACUUUCUCGUCCUCCCGUCGUCGACGAUCGAAUCCAGCAACACGGUGGCUGUGGCAUUCGGGUCACAGGUGCUUGGCCCUAUUGGAUCUCUCAUCCUCGCCCUCGCUGUUGGCGGCAGCUGUUUUGGAGCGCUGAACGCAACGACCUUCACCAGCGGACGACUGGUGUAUGCGGCGGGCAAGGAGGGGUACUUGCCCGAGAUAUUUGGCAGGAUUGGGGUUGGAAAGCGGACUGCUGUGCGGCUGGGAGGCCGGGGAGGUCGGCAGCCCGGACGGUUUGUGCGCGCGAUUUCCGACGACGUUGGCAUGUUCUUCACGCCCAUCAACGCCAUGCUGCUCAAUGCCGGGCUCACGGCUGUUUACAUCAUCAUCGGCGAGUUCAACACGCUGGUCACGUUCUACGGUGUUGCAGGCUACACCUUCUACUUCUUCACAGUCCUGGGCCUCAUUGUGUUGAGAGUCAGAGAGCCGGAGCUGGAGCGGCCAUACAGGACUUGGAUCACGACGCCUACGAUUUUCUGCUGUGUGAGCCUGUUCCUUACGGCGCCACCCCACAGCUUCGCCGUCAUGGAUGCCUUGGUCUGGGCGGGCGACAUCGAACUCUCGAAUGGCCGCAGUGCUACGGGUGUUCAACUCGUCGCAACACGCGCCCUGCAGCCGAACAUCCCGCACGCCGCCUCUCUCCAUUUCUUGGCUUGCGUCGACAUCGCGCGCAUUCCACUUUACCUCGCCAUCGCUCAUCCAUUGGACGUCUAUGCAGACAAUGCUGCCACAGAAGACUGGUUCAGCGCCUUGCUACUCAGCCGCCAUCAUGCAGCCAAAAAUACGGACCUGCCGUGGUGGCACGCCUCCACCGCCCAAUCACCCGUCGGCAUUUUGGUAGAAGUCCGGGGAGCAAACACCGAAACAAACAGCCCACUUCUCACAGAAUUGCUAUUCUACGCAACAUCCUCACCAGCCGCACAAGACGAAGCAUCAGGACUCCCAUCUCCCACAUCAUCGUUGCCAGCUUCCUCCGACACCCUCGUCCUCCGCGCCCUCCCAAUCUCCUCAGACCUCCUACAAGACCACACAUCUUCCGCCACAACACCACCAGAUUCCCCCAGCUCCCGCCCCCACCAACUGUCAUCCAGCAAGCCGCCGCCACCAGAAACCCACACCACCGCCGACGCCGUCAUCGACGCCGAAUUCCACCCGCCUCUCUACCAGUUACCACCCUCCUCCUCCACCCUUCCGCACCCAUCCACCACCACCACCGACAGCACCCGCAAACGCCAAUCCGUCUCCUCCCUCUUCGACGCCGCCACCGAGCGCCGCAAACGCGCCCGCCGCCACGCCGGUGAAAGCAUCGCCGCCGCCGCCGCCGCCGGAUCCAACCUUCCCAACCCAAUCCAACAUCAACAACAUCCACCCAAGCGCUCGGCGUCCUCCUCCUCCUCCCUCGCCGCCGCCGACACCCGGCCGCCCUCCGCGGAUGCCGGCGGCGGCGCCAAGGACAAGGACAAGGACCGCCGGCCGUUGUCGCGGUCGCCGAGCGUGAGCGCGGUGCUGGGAGGAGGAGGAGCGGCGAGCGGGGGGGAUGCGGUGGGGGGGAGGAGGAGGACGUCGUCGAGUCUGGGGCGGGUGGUGGUGAGUGCAGCGGGAGAUGCGGGUGCGGAGGGUGGGGGUGGUGGUGGUGGCGGGCAGCAGAGUGUUGAGGCGAGGAAUAAGGAUGUCAUUUCGCGGCUGGUCAUGGCGGGGAUGCGGAUGUAUGGGUUGCAGCAGCAGCAGCAACAGCAGCAGCAGCGGAGGAGGACGGCGGCGGCGGCGGUGCGGAAGGGGUCGGUGGCGUCGGAUAAUGUGGGUGUGCAGGCGGGUGUGGAGGGGGAUGCGGCGAGGGAUGAGGAGUAUAAGCUUGUGUAUCAUCAGGCGUAUCGUGGGACCGUUUUUGCCAUGCGCAACUACAUUGCUACGGAACCUCUUACCUUGCAUAUGGAGCAGCUGCGCGAAACGGUGGACAAGCUGCUCGCCAUCUUCUGCACGGAUCCCCUUGCGGCGUCAGUCGAACAGCCGCCGGCACCACAACAGCAACCUUUCGGCACGCCGCCGGGUGGGUUUGAGAGAAGCCCGUUCGGGCAGAGGGCGGAGCCUUCCGAAGGUACGAAGAGAGGGGCCGGGGCUGGAAAAGUGCAUACACCGGUGACGAGGAGACAGGCUGGUUGA